CAUAUAGAUUAUAUAUCUGAAGGGAAACGAAAAAUGUGGGAAGAAAUUGAGCUAAUACAAGUUGACCUUUCAUCUUCUCUACAGACUGCGUUAAAAAAUAUAGAAGAUAAAAUAAAUUCAUGUUAUGCAAAAUAUGCUGAUGAAUAUGCAAAUACCGAGAGCACACUUUAUGUGAGAAUUGUAUAUGACAAACAAAAUUCACAAGUGUCAUUUCAAAUCUACGAAGACAAUCCAAAGAAAGACGAACAAAUAUAUACAGAAUUCACUGCAAUGUCAUGGUAUUAUUUGCAAAGAAUGUUAAAUCAGAAAGUCGAACUUCCUUUAGCAAAUAUUUACAGUCGAUAUGCAAGAGAUGAACCAUAUUUAUUUAAAGAUGUUUUCGACCCAGCUGCUAUUAUUGUUCAUGCUUCAUUUUCUGGCGCCCAAAACUCUUUCUUAUGCUUGGCAAAUGACUUUUACGAAAAACCUACAAAGUUAUACGAACCACCAAGUGGAAGUAUUUCAGACUUUCAAGUAUGGUUUACUACAGAUGGAAGAAAAAGAAUAAUUCCAUUAUACCAUGCGUUUUACUUAGAACUUAGUUUCAUAUACAACUACUAUCGAACGAUAAAAAUAUAA